GUGCCAAUCACCCAACCUCUCAUGGAAUGUCUAAGAUCUCUGAGACGUCUUCGUUCAAUUCGAAGAAGGGUGCCUACUCAGGGAUAAAAACUGCAAUCCGCGACUACUUGGGUCGGUAACUACUAUACACCCACACAAGAGCUGACGCUGCACAUGCCAUUUGAAGCUGGGUGGAGGCGAACAAUGAGCAAGGUUCCCUUGCAUCAUGCGAGUGAGAAAGUUCUUGUUUUCAUUCUCCACCCAAACGAGUUUUUAUCUCACUGUACGGCCAAGAUGUGCUCAUCUCCGGCGUCAGGGAUUCAGUUGCAACACACCCAUUUUCUCAACUAGAAGGACCCUCUCGUCCUUGGCUCGAACCUUUGGAAGUGGCCCCGAAGCCAAGAAGAUGCCGGGAAAAUUUAUCAUCGAUUGUGAUGCGGGUGUGGACGAUGCCAUGGCCUUGUUGAUGGCCAUCGAUGCCCAUAAACGGCAAGAAAUUGAGAUCUUGGCCAUCACAGCGGUCAAUGGCAACACCCAAGUGGAUAAAGUGCUCAUUAACAUCUUUCGAACCUUGGACGCGGGUGGAUGUCCGGACAUACCUGUUCACAGAGGCAGUGAGAGUGCCUUGAUUAUGACUCCCAAAGAUGCGGAAGGCUACCACGGCAGUGACGGAUUCAAUGACGUCCAAUUUGGUACCACCCCAGACGUGACCAGAGUCCAGGAGGAAGGUGCCGUUUUGGCCAUUUGCCGUCAUGUCCGCGAGAAUCCAGGGGAAGUUACCCUGGUGGCCUUGGGACCGUUGACUAAUGUCGCCUUAGCAUUCAAACUAUGUCCGGAUAUCACGAGCCAGAUCAAAGAGAUGUUCAUCAUGGGCGGAAAUUGCGAGGGCGUGGGCAAUGUGUCUAUGUCAGCCGAGUUCAACUUCUACGUCGAUCCUGAGGCAGCCUUUGUGGUCUUGAAUAAGAAUAACUGUCCCACAUACAUAGCCACGUGGGAACUCUGUUACAAAUAUUGCAAAGUAGACAUGGAUUGGCGGCUGAACUGUUUGGGCAAGAUUGACACGCCUCAGGCCAAGAUGAUGAAUGCCUUGGAAAAGGUUUGGUACGACAACUAUAGCUUCCAUCCCGAUCACUUCAUUAUGUGCGACCAACUGGCCAUGGCUGCAGCCUUAGACGUGCGGGUCAUGACCAAGACCAAGCGACAUUGGGCUACCAUUGAGCUGUCAGGCCUUCACACCAAGGGGUUGAUGGUCAUGGAGCAACGACAUGCCAUUUGCAAUGGCCCCAAGUUCAACUCGAAUGUGACCAUUAUCGAGCGCGUCGACGAGAUGGCUCUCAAAAAUCUGU